AUGGAUAGGUACAUUCCAGUCGCAGCAGGUGCAGUGUUUUAUUCUUGCCUUUCGGCUGUAUUGUCGUUUCUUAUAAAACCACCUGAAUAUCUACCUCAAAAAGAAAAAAGAGACUUCAUAGGGCAGCAUGUCUCGAUUGUCCACUCUCUUAAUGCGAUACUUUUUUCUUUUGCGAUCUAUUUUUAUGAUGGAGGCUUGCACUAUAAUGAUGUCACUACAAUUACUCAAGCAAUUGCAUUAGGCGUAUUUUUUACUUACUCCCCCCCCCCCCCUCCGUGAGCGAACAAAAAAAUUUUGUUCGCUCACGGAGGGGGGUUAAUUUUUUUUUUUAAAAAAAAUUUAUAUAUAUAAUUUUAUAAAAAAUAUUGUUUUCGAAAAUUUAAAAAAUUCCUAAUUUGCAAAAAUUGGGAAGCAAAUAUUAAUUUAAUUUGCAAAAUUUAUGUUUUAAAAACGCAAUUUGUUUAAAAUUAAACAGAAUUAGCUCUAGAUUUCAUUAUACUAAUUAUCACUUAUAUAUCAAAAUUUUUUUUCCAUUAAAAUUUUUUUUCUAUUAAAAAAAUUUUUGUUCACUCACGGAGGGUGGGUUUUUGGUCAAAAAAUGGCGAUUUUUCUAAUGGUUUUGUUCGCUCACGGAGGGGGGGGGGAGUUAGCAUACGGUUGGCUAUAUGGUCUAUGAUAUGUUAUACUCAGAAAUUUUUAGCCUUUUUGAUUGGCCGAUGAGGAUACACCAUUUAGCUGUUCUAAUAGGCGGAAAUAUUCUUAUGGCAGCCACCUACGGAGGCUCUCCAUCUUUAAGUAACUGCUUAUAUAGUUUGCAUCAUCAUCACAGAAAUGUCGAAUCCAUUUAACCUAUCUCGUUCAAUUCUCAAAGCUAGACACAUGGAAGAGACGAAGAUUUACAAAGUAGUUGAACUGGCCUUCGCCUUAAUCUUUUUGGUUAAUAGGUGCUUGUUUGGUUCUUUAGUUAUUUACAAUGCUUGGGCAUCAAAUAUAGGAUUUCUUGUAAAAACAACUAUGUCAAUAGUCCAUGGAGUUGGAAUUUUUUGGUCCUAUGUGAUUUUAUCUAUGAUAUCGAAAAAGUUUAGAAACAACAAAGGCCUAGCCGUCAAAAUUUUGAGUACUAUUACAAUGGUAAUUAAAAGAAACAGACCCGCUUUUGUGCUUUUUAUUAUGAUGUUUUCGUUUAUCAUGCCAUAUUUCAUGACCUCAAUCCUCAAAACUGGGUUUGUCAAUAUAAGAUACGGGAACUUCAUCAUCAUCUAA